AUGUCAAUAACAGUGGCGUUUGCACUUAAAUAUAUUAUUGUUUUUCUUCUUCUCUCUAUGGUCACUAAAGGACUGUGCCACUGCACUUUCGGUGAGAUCCUGAUCGGGACCGAGCGGACUGGGAGAGAAAUCGUCGGACAACCGGAGUGGAAAGUGACGGUGAUCAACACGUGCGGCUGUCUUCAGAAGUACGUGACUCUGUCUUGCAGAGGUUUUGCUCCUGUGAAGCUUGUCGAGCCAUGGCUACUUCUCUCACAAAGAAACACGUGUCUUCUCAUUAAAAGAGAGGCUUUGCCAGCCGGCGCCACCGCUCAGUUCACUAACGCCGGUGAGCCUUACAUCUUCAGACCCAAGUUGCAACCAUUGAGUUCUGAAAAUGAAAAAACAUUUGUCUGUAGUGAAAAUGUUAGCAGGUUUCUUGCGUCUCAAGCAUAA